GAUUUCUUCCUGGUUUACCCAGUGUUGAUUUCCUGCAGAAGUGGUUGCCUUGGUGGAUUUCAUGUUACGGUGGUACUUCGCGUGACGUAAUGUAGCUCAUCGUGUGAAUUUCCUCGUUCUCGAGUCUAAUUGGCAUAACUUAGCUCAAAAUUCUCGCACAUACAUCGCGUCAAGAAGGAUGUCAAAACCGGACCUACUCGCUGAAAUCGCGAGAUUCAACUCGCAAACCGCCGGCAGAGACAAGUUAUUUCGUUUGCUACAGUACAGCAGCCGGUUCAUCUGGUACGUCGUACAGAAAAAUUCAACCCGCCGAGAUUUGGUGACGAAGUUCCAAAACCUCGAGGUCACUUUCAGCUCUGGCAGGAGACUGUUACGUCUGGGCCGUUUCCUCGAUGGACUGCAUAGUGCACUGGCGACAAUUGGGUUGCCAAACGUUCCACUAAGGCUCUGCCUUACGCUGACACGUCUGGCAUACGCUCUUUACAUGCUCGUCGACAACUUGGUGUGGUUGCAUCAGGUCGGGCUCAUAACUAUAGACAAGGACGGAUGGUACCAUACGGCCAACAAACUGUGGCUUGUGUCUGCUGUGGCGGCCCUUGCUCGAGACCUGUACGAAGUCUCGGAGCUGCUGACCCUCUACCUGGGAGGGGGCGGAGCGCCUGCCCUACGAUCAAGGUGCAAACAAAUCAGCACCCUGUCAGAGUUAGGAGUCCAGUUUCUGACAGUGCACAGAAGUCUGGUCUUGGACCUCGUGAAGAACUUUGCCGACUUCUGGCUUCCUUACACUGCACUGGGGUACACAGGCCUAAGACCCGGAACCAUAGGCCUGCUCGGCAUUAUUUCGAGCUUGGCCGGCAUUAUGCCGAUGUUUCAGCCGUCACUCAAGCUGGUUCCAAGUUAAGGAGACCCGCGGAUGUUUUAGGGCAUUAGUCAUCUAAUGACAUUGAGAUCCUGUAGAUUGUGUCGGUGGUUUUCGGUUUCUCAUGUCGUGUUGCGGUGCUUGGUGUGUUCUGAUGUGAAAUAUGGGGUUCAUACACACUGAAUGAAAGAAUGACAUUGUCUUAGUCAUGUUCUUCAUCAUCCAUGUGCCAGAUUGGUUUUCUGUGCAGUAAGAGGACCCCCGCCUCGACUUCCUCAAAGGCACUUUUAAGAAACACCCAGUUACUUCACUGCUCAUGAUAAUUGCAUUAGGUCACGUUUUUCCUUCCAAUACUGAUGAUGUGGCAGCUGUCCUAAAAGCUUGUUUUUCCUUUCACGUGUAACAUAUUUUAGUUUAAGCAUGCAUAACUGCAUCUUAGAUUGUUACACAGGGUGAAGCACACAAUGGAAAUUCUGAAUACCUACUUUGAAUCUAAAAAAAUUCUUUUAAAGCUUCUUUCAUAAGUGGACAGUGACAUGACAAGGAUGUGAACGUGAAAGAGUGGUGGCAGGUAUUAUAAUUGGUGACGGGAAUUCUUUCUUCAAAGACAACAAGGUCUGUGAUAAUAAAGUGCUGCAUAGCAAUAUAACUUUGA